AUGGAUCUUCGUCCGGAGCUUCCUGGCGCUCAAGCGGGCACACAAGUUCACCCCGGAGCCGCUGCAGCCGCCUCCAUCCCCGUGUCCAUGGCCAGCAGUCUGCUGAGAGGCCCGCCGCUGCUGCUGCGCCCUACAGAGAAAUAUCCUCGCACACCCAAGUGCGCGCGCUGCCGUAACCACGGCGUUGUGUCGGCGCUUAAAGGACACAAGCGCUAUUGUCGCUGGAAGGACUGCAUGUGCGCAAAGUGCACCCUCAUAGCCGAGAGGCAGAGAGUGAUGGCCGCGCAAGUGGCGCUGCGCAGACAGCAGGCGCAGGAAGAAAACGAAGCCCGAGAGCUUCAGCUCCUCUACGGAACAGCAGAAGGGCUCGCACUGGCUGCAGCAAACGGCAUCAUCCCUCCCCGGCAGAACUACGAAGUGUUUAGCCAAGUUAGCAGCGACAACAACUCUGAAUCUAACAUGCAGAAGUUUGAAUUAUUCCCCAAGACUCCACUGUCAGGAUCUGUGACCCCACAGCCUACAGCUGGAAAGUCUACAUCUGCCGAGACUGAAUCAGUACCUGGGAUCUCAUCCCCAGACAUACACCAUGGCUCUGGUUCCGAAAAUGGUGAUGGAGAGUCAUACAUCAGCUCUCCAGCUCCCAAACCCAUGAAAGACGGCGAGGAGACACCACCAUCGAUAAGUCCACUUGGCUCAGACUCAGACACAGACAAAGAUGAACAAGAGCCUUCACCCUCCUCUGCUUCAUCUCGCCACAUGAAUGCUAUUGACAUCCUGACCAGAGUGUUCCCAACUCACAAGCGCAGUGUCCUAGAGCUUGUCCUCCAGGGAUGUGGGAAGGAUGUUGUCCAAGCCAUCGAGCAAAUCCUCAACAACAGUGGACAAGCCAAACCUCCAGAGGAAACCUGGUCAGCAGAGAGGGUUCUUCAGAGUGCCCAGCAGCCCUUGUCCUCUGCUCCAAGGCCUGUGCUACCUGGAACCAUGACGCUCAGCAACCGGUCAGCCUUCUCUCCUCUGCAGCCCAAUGGUCCACACUUUGGUGCCGACCCUGGCACGUACCCUCUUGGCACGCCUCUGGGCCUGAACCCACUUCGCCUGGCCUACUCGGCACAUGGCCGAGGGCUCACCUUCAUGACCCCUUACUCCACAACAGGCCUGAUGCCCACUCUGGGAUUUAGGCCACCAAUGGACUAUGCUUUCAGUGACCUGAUCAGAGACAGGACUCUCCUACAUAAGGACCAGAGCUACACAAAUGGACUUUAUGGUCCCCUGAUUAACAACACUCCAGAAAAACAGUGAGCGGCUAUUUCACUGAAUAAAAACAGGACUUGAAAAAAGGUGAAAAGGCUAAAGUAGCCCAUUUUAAGAGAAGUGUUCUGUGUCUAAAAAAGACUUAAACCCCUUAUAUACUUAUCCUAAUGACGUUCUCUGUACAUAGAGAUUUCUGAUUUACUCACGUGACAGAAUUAUUCGACUGGCAUAAAGUAACACAUAUCUAGUGUUGGGAUUUAUGUUGACGUUUGUGCUGAUAAUGGUUACCAAAAAGCUCUCAUUUAAACAGAUCUCGCUUGCGGGUCCUGGCUCAAACUAAUCACAUGGAGUUCAAUUGAAAGAGUAACCAGUAUUUUCAUGUAAAUUGCGUAUUUUGAAUUCUUGACAUAUCUGUUACAAUUCUAUUAGUUUAUUUACUGAACGGAUCAAGUCUCAGUGCGAUAAUGGUGCAAUUAAAAGAAUCAUUUUCUCCGUCGUUAAAAAAAAGAGAGACUAUACUAAUAUUAUUAUACAAUCUUCAAACGUCAUUAUUUUAGCUGACGCUUUGUAAAAUUGUGCCAUGUUAAAUGACCAAGACAAACAGUUCUGUUAAGAUUAUUGUUAAAGAUCUUGACUAAAGUAGAUUCUCUGACUCUUUUUGUGCUAUGUUGAUAUGUUGUGUUCACACUAAAAUGUUACAUUCCGAAACAAUAUCACAUCAAAUUCAACGUCAUAUGCGCAAAAUACCGUGAAAAAAAUACACGUUCGUGGUGAAUGAAAUCUUGUUUCAUUGUUACUGCUGUACAUUUAUCUAUGUGAAUUUUGAUAGAAAUAAAUGUUAUUUUAUACUUAGA